AUGGACGUAAUUCCCAAGGAGAAAACAUCGCCACCAGAUGGACACACAAGAAAAGAGAAUGCCAUGGUAACGUGCAUAUCUGACUGCGCAUGGCUGAUCGUGCAGGUGGACAUUGGCAGUGGCCUUCAAAUAAAUUCCAGAGCAUGGAAGCACAUUCAGGGCCAUCAAAAGGAUUCUCUUUUUGUGAAGGACCUUCUUCUCGGAAUUUGGCCCAAGAAACAACUGAAAAACCGCUCAUUGCAAGAGAAGCGGUGUCCACGAUUUCCCGAUCGGCCUGCAAAGACUCCGCUGACACCAUGGAAAGUAGAAGUGAUGCGUGACUGUUACAGAUGGAGACUGCAGUGCCAGGGCAUUCCCGAAAACCUUGUGCCUGCUGCAGUCGAGCAGCUGAACCACUUCGUGGUUGAGAAGCUGGCGGGCCUUGAGAGGCUCGGAAAAUGGGAAAAGACGCAGGAAAUUCCUGAAUAA